AUGCUUGAGGAUAGUCUCGGGCAGGUGACCAUCAUGGGUCUUGUCGAGCGAGAAGUGACAAGCUCCGGCGAGCUUCUCCAGGCGUAUGAGGGGGCUAUCAGUCUGAGAGCCGUCGGUAGCACCGCUAUCAACCAGCAGAGUUCACGGAGUCACUGCACACUCCAGAUACAGGUCCAAAAAAGGCAACGCAACGCACCUGCAGGUGCUCCAGUAGCAUCUUCCGGAAGAGGACGGAGGUCGGGUCUGUCUUUCCAUGAGCAGAAGAAAGUCGUGCCGAUGGGUCGAAUCAUGCUGGUGGACCUCGCUGGCCUUGAGGACAAUCGUGUGACAGGAAAUGUCGGCGGAGCUCUGAGAGAGUCUACAGCGAUCAAUACAAGUCACUUUGCGCUCGCCCGAAUGCUGUGGGCCCUCAAGAAAAAUAGAAAUGUGCCCUACCGUAAUUCAAAGCUAACGAGGCUCUUUCAAAACUCGAUGGAACCCAGCAUUCCUUUGCCGGCGCCUCCCAUGGUGUUGAUGUUGGUAACGGUGAGUCCCGCUACUAAGCGUUUCCAGGCGACUUACAACACGUUCUCGGCGAUACAGAUAGACUACAAGACGAUCUCGGCUGAGGAGUGUGAGGGCAUAAGGGAGGAGGCGGUGGCAGCUGUGGCUCGAGACCGAGAGAUGAUCGACGUUAAUGAUGACGAUGAUGUGGAUGCCAUGUCGGUCACUUAUGAAGGGUGA